GGUUCGAAGAUAGUGUCGGUAAUAUAGGUUGCGUCGGUUCGCAGAUGUAAUGACAAUUAGAUGCUUGUGAUGAAUAGUUAUUGUUUGUUUUGUUGUUUGAAAUUUACUGAAAUUAGUAUGUAUAAUAAUAGUCUUUUAAGAGUUUUAAAAGUAGACAAGUUAAAUAAAGAAUCGAAGCCGUAUCGUGACACGGAAAAUCACAGUUCUUGUGAAACUAUUUUGUUAGUGAAAGUUGUUAAUUAAAAAUGAGUAAACGAAGAAGUUCAAUUAAACGCCAGUCUAGACACAGUUCUGCUAUUUUAAAUUCGAAUUGGGAUAGUUUUGAUGAUGAACAUUCACAUUGGUGGAAAAAUUUGGAGGAUAACACAUUGACGAGGCUGUCAACAAAUUCAAACGUUUUGAAUCAGACCAGCCGUUAUUUAAAUUCUGAUUCGCAAAUGGAAACAAGCUCGUCUAUGGACAAUUGGUGGAAGGUACUGGAGACCUCCUCAAAUUCCUCAAAAAUAAACAACCAUGUCAUAGAAAGGGAUUCUUUGAGGAAUGUGCAGACAUCAGACUCUGAAGAAGGAUCCAUAGUCAAGAAAAGAAAACAUCCUCUGCUUCUGAAAGAAAAGAAAAGCAAAGAUAAUAUCUUUUUGAAUGCUCUUAACGAUUCUGAGUCAUCUAAAUUGGAAGUUGCAGAAAAGACUAGACAAAGUUCACAAAGACGGAGAAGUUCUGCAUCAACUAGCAAAACAAACCCCAAUGCGCAACAGUCGAAUAGAGUAGAGGAACGAAGUUUGGAUCACAGUCAAAGCAGCAAUGAUAUUUUAAAAUCAAGGCCUGAUAUUUUCAGGAGAAAUUACAAGAGUCGGAAUAAUGCGUUUGUCGACGUGUUGAAAAAGAGUGAGUUAGAAUUUUCUUUGAAGGGAAAAUCUAAAACAGUCUCCGAUAAUGAGCAACAAAUUGAAAGAAACGAUUCGAUGCCUGCUGCAAGUAAAGCCUCGACUCCUAAUGAAGCGGUGGCAAAUCAGUCCGAAUUAACGUCUGAAAGUAAAAAUGACGUUUCGCAUUCGCGAACACCAAAAGCACAGACCAUAAUAUUUGAAAAUAAUAAUCCAUCCGUACAUAAUAGUACCAAAAGCGAUGAAAGCAAUGACAGCACUGACAGCGAAUACGAUAUAAUAUUGAAACCGAAGACAAGACUGCUGGCAAACUACCGUAAGAGUGCAGACAAAAAUCCAUUCGAGAAUAUAAUUGAUAAUCAAGAAGACACUGCUAAAGUACAAGAAAAUUCAUUGCAAGCCUCGCCAUUGCCGUUACGUUCUCCUUCAAAGGAGAGAAUCUCGACUGGUUCUGCACAGUCAAUGCCAACGGUGGUUGGAACGUCUACUUCGCAAAAUACCAACAUCUCCAAAGGGCAGAAGAGUAUCAGGGAUUUUUUGAGAUCGGAUGAAAUGUUACCAGUGUCGCAGGUUUUUCGCGAUAAAGAUAAAGUAAAUGGGAUCAAACGAGAACUGGAGAGGCUGAAGAAACGAGAAAUAGCCCGCAUAAACGACAAGCAAAAGAACGAAAAAAAGUCGUCGUUAGAGGCAGGAAAAAUAGAGAAGGUCGAGGAAGGUAGGAAACUGCAAAAGCAACGUUCGACGAGACAAAUUCACAAGGCAUUUCUGGUAAAUGGGAAACCGUACCGGGCACCUCGGCUCCCCCGUCCACAAUACUGGAUUACCGAUCGUCUUUACAAAUACUUGUGGAAGUGUAUGGAACCGAGAUUCAAGCUGGAAACGAGAGUAGCCUCCGAGAAGUUUGUGCAUCAGUUGUCGAACGUAACAACGUUGAUUGUCAAACGUAAAUCGUACUCGAAUUACAAGGCCGAGUUGCACGCGUUAAUGAAAGAAAUGGCGCGGCUCGGCAUUAUCCGUACUCGGAACGAUUUUUACAACUUUUGCCACGAUUACUUCCCGUACGAACUUCGCGCGAAGACAGUGCCGAUGUUGCUACCCGGAAAUAAGAGUAAUAUACCGUACGACGCGGACAAGUUGCACGAACCUCUUCUUGCCUCUUGAACGUUUGUUACUUGACGUUAUCAUCAAUAAUGUCACGUUCAAUUGCAGUAAUAUAUCACAUAGAUCAUGAUAAAUGUAUCUCUGUAUCUGAAGAAAAUGAUGGGUCUGUUUGAUUUCCCAUCGUAUUAUGUAAAUAAUUUAUGGACUAACCAAUGUGAUCAUCUUUGAAUCUCCCAUUGAAUUCUUUUUCUACGUAGAAUGUAAGAAGUGAAUAAAACAUACACGUAUUCUGGCUAUUUCUGUAAUUUCGGUUUUUGUGUGUUGUCUAAUUGCGGUCAAUCGGUAUUCGAUAUUUUAACGUUGGAAUCGAUGGAAAACGACACGUGUGAGAAUCGAAAAGAUUCUCCUUAGAAAGAUCUUGAAAUUCUUCCAGAAGAUCAACGCAGUUUCUUCUUUCUUUCUUCUGUUUCCUUUCUCUGAUUUUUCUUGUAUCCGUAUGUUAUAUAAUUAUACUCUUACAGACAAUUACGUUAGUAGAGGUGCGUGUAAAUUGCACAUCACGGAUAUAUUCAUCUUUGUACCAAUCCAAGUACUGUUAGUAAAGAAUAAUUUUUGAGGUUUGGUGUUAUUUUCGCUGAUUUAUCAAAAU